AGAAUGGCGGAUUGCGCGAUGAGGAAGCUGGGAUCCCAGCUGGCAAAAGUUGCUUGGGUGUCUCGGAGCUUCCAUUGCGGCACUGCGGACCAGGCUGGUAGGCCGUGGAGAUUGAAGCAUGCUUUGCCUGAGAAUGGUUCGCAGUACGGCCCCAUGAUAGACCUGCCUGAUUGGUCGUUUGCUGAUGGGCGCCUGGCCCCACCAAUGAAAGGUUACCUUCGUCGGCAGGAAAAGAACAGAGAACUUGCACGUCGUAUAGCCAUGAUCUCUUCAGAGAUGGACCACGGGCUUGAGAGGUGGGAGGCCAAGCAGAAGGAACAAGAGCAACAGGCUGAGGAAAAGCAACACAACAGACUCCAGCCGAAAGGAGGGAUCCUUCCACCAGCCCCAAAAUAA